ACUUUUUGAUGCUGUUUAUCUAGGGUAAAGCGUGCAAGAUACUGCAAUUGUCGUUGUUCGCAAUUCAUAUAAAAGCUCGCAGCAUGCAGCAUAAAUCAAGUCAGUCAAUAGAUUUCAUUCUUUCGAAUACUUCGUAGUCUUAUUAAAUAAAACCAAAAACAAAAAUCAAUCAAAAAUGUUCAAAUUCGUUGCAGUUUUCGUUUUGAUCGCUUGUGCAUCAGGAUCACCAAUUGUUGCUACACCUUACGGAUUAGCUGCCCCAGCCUAUGGUGUUGCUAAAGUUGUCGGUGCCCCAGCUGUCGUUAAAACUGUUGAAUAUGAUGCCAACCCACAUUAUCAAUACACAUACUCAGUCAACGAUGCCCUUACCGGAGACAGCAAAUCACAAUCAGAAUCAAGACAAGGAGAUGUUGUGACUGGACAAUACUCACUCAUCGAAGCUGACGGAACCAGACGUAUCGUUGACUACACAGCUGAUCCAGUCAAUGGAUUCAACGCUGUUGUCCGCAAAGAAGCUGCUGUUGUCGCUAAAGUCGCUAAAGUUGUUGCCCCUGCCUAUGGUUACCCAGCAGCAAUCGCUCACCCAGUCGCUAAAGUUGUUGCCCCAGCUUAUGGAUACCCAGCAGCAAUCGCUCACCCAGUUGCCAAGGUUGUAGCUCCAGCAUACCACGCACCAAUCGCUGCUGUUGCCCAUCCAGCUGUCCCAUACUACGGUUAAAUUUGCCAACCAACCAAUCUUACUGCUCAUGAACUAUAAAAGGACUACCGAUGAUAUUUUAUCAGCAUUGUUUGCAACAUAUUGUGCAAACAGAUCUAUUAAGAAAUACAAACAAAAACCCUCUUGUAGCAAAAGAAAAAAAAGAACUCAAUUCAGCAAAAAGCUAAGUCAUUUGUUAUUGAAAUAAAUUGCCAUUUAUGUACAGUUGAAAUGUAAAUUUUCUUUUAAUUAAAUUUAUCAAAACUUCAA